GGCGCCAUGAGCCUCCUCACCACCGCCCCGCUGAGGGUCGCCGGCCGCCGUGCCAGCACCGACCACAACUACAUCAUCAAGGAGCAUUACAACUACACGGGGAAGCUCAACGAGAACACGGACAGCGGCAUAAGAGUCACCUCGGUGGUUUUUAUCGUCAUCUGCUGUUUUAUAAUCCUGGAGAAUAUUUUUGUCUUGCUCACCAUCUGGAAGACCAAGAAGUUCCACAGGCCCAUGUACUACUUCAUUGGGAACCUGGCCCUCUCGGACCUGCUGGCCGGAGUGGCGUAUACCGCCAACCUCCUGCUCUCAGGGCACAGAACCUACAGCCUCACCCCCUCGCAGUGGUUCGUGAGAGAGGGCAGCAUGUUCGUGGCCUUGUCGGCGUCCGUGUUCAGCUUGCUGGCCAUCGCCAUCGAGCGAUACAUCACCAUGCUGAAGAUGAAGCUCCACAACGGCAGCAACAGCUUCCGCUCCUUCUUGCUCAUCAGCGCCUGCUGGGUUAUCUCCGCCAUCCUAGGCGGGCUGCCCAUCAUGGGCUGGAACUGUAUCAGCCUCCUGCACAACUGCUCCACGGUGCUGCCCCUCUACCACAAGCACUAUAUCCUCUUCUGCACCACGGUCUUCACAGGCCUAUUGCUAUCUAUCGUUGUCCUGUAUUGCAGGAUCUACUCCAUGGUGAGGACUAGGAGCCGCAGGCUGACGUUUCGGAAAAACAUUACCAAAGCCACCAGGAGCUCGGAAAAGUCCUUAGCUUUGCUCAAGACGGUGAUCAUAGUCCUGAGCGCCUUCAUUGCCUGCUGGGCUCCCUUGUUCAUCCUGCUUUUACUGGACGUAGGGUGCAAGGUGAAAACCUGCCCCAUCCUCUUUAAAGCAGAGUAUUUCUUAGUGCUGGCUGUGCUCAACUCGGCCACGAACCCUAUCAUCUAUACCUUAACGAACAAAGAAAUGAGGAGGGCUUUCAUCAAGAUCCUGUGCUGCUGCAAAUGUUCCCCCGCAGACGCUGGGACCAAAUUCAAGAGGCCGAUCAUCGGCGGGAUGGAGUUCAGCCGGAGCAAAUCCGACAACUCCUCCCACCCGCAGAAGGAGGAAGGCGACCGUCCCGAAACCAUCAUGUCUUCGGGCAACGUCACCUCGUCCUCUUAGGAGCGAGCGCGGAGGCCUGUGGGAGCCUUCCCUCUGCAGUGCGCCGGCCGCGACGCCUCCCGCUCGCGGCGGCGGCGCCGGGCCAGGCGGGCGAGUAGCGUUAGUUCUA